UAUAAUAAAACAAUGUUUUCAUUAAUAGAUAUCUAUGCUAAAUUUAAGUACUUUUUUUUGGUAGUCAAAAAAACAAUUCUUUCUAUGUCGGAAAGUUAUAAAUACAAACACCUGAAUAGAUAUUGUUUCUCAUCACUUUAUGAUGAGGCGUCUAGCAUUGAAAAGUUCAUUUAUUUUUUAUCCAUGUUAAUGGUCGCGAUCACCCUCCCAUUCUCGAUCCCUUUUUGCUUUAAGUACUUACAGGACUUUGAACGUGUAAUAAUAUUUCGCCUUGGACGUAUAAGUAAAGGCGUGGUACAGGGUCCUGGUAUAGUUUUUACAAUGCCUUGUAUUGAUAGAUGUCAUAAAUUUGAUAUACGUAUUACGAGCUUCAAAAUAUUGAAUCAAGCGCUGCAUACAAAGGAUUCAAAAUAUAUUGCUGUUGAAACGAUCGUCUAUUAUAAUAUUAAAGACCCAAUAAAAUGUUUGCUCAACAUUACAGAUGCAAAAGCGCAAGUGAAAGCUUUGACAAGAACAAAAAUUCAUAACUCCAUGGAAUCAAAAAAUUUAUUAGAAAUAACAAAAGAUGUGGGUAUAGUAGGAAAACAACUGAUAGGUGACAUUAAUCAGACAACAACGGAUUGGGGGAUAAAAUUGAAUCUUAUAGAAAUUAAUGUGAAUACAUAUUCUCAACACGACGACCCUUCUUACAGAAAAUGUCAAGAACUUAAAAUGGAGCGCUGGAUACAAAUGCACUACCAAAUAAAAGAAAGAGAACAGGCUAUGGAGCUAGCGAGAAAACGUGAACUAUUUUUGUGGUUAAGUGGAUUUUAUAUAACUUCAGCUUUUGGUGCUUUUAUUUAUUAUCAACGCAUAAGGAAACCUUUUGCUCUAAUGCCAUUAGUACCAUUGACUUUCUUAAUAGGAUAUUAUUACGACAUGAGUUACGGCAGCAAACCGCAUCGUAUACAAGCUGAAGCCAAUAUGAUUAUGGAGCAUGAAAGUGAUCUUUUGCAAUGGCCUGGUGGCCUUCCAACAGUUUCCAGCAUUGACGAGGCACGCGUUGAAGUUGAAAUGGAAAAAAGAAUGCAUCCACAUCACACAUAGAUUACACAAAAUAACACACAAAUAACUGGAUUGUAUUAUUCAAAAUGCUCAUUUUAUCAAUUAUGACACUAUUUUAGACAAUACUUCUUUACUCCUAAAUGCAUAUAUAUUUUAAGAAAUCAUAUG